AUGAAUUUGAAAGGUUAUGCGGGUGGGGACCCUCCAUACACCCCAUCAGAUGGGAGUUUGAUGUGGGACGAUGCUGUGUUUCCACCUGACUCGGAAGAGAUUUGCGUGCUUAGGAAAUUGCGCAUGCUCACUGUCAACGCUGAGGAACUUAACCCAGACGAGGUCAAUUCACUGACGCCGUAUCGCGCGAAGCUAGACUUCUUCCUGUCAAAGGCCAACAAGGCCAUUUCCUUGACCCUCUACACCAAUAGCGUCUUCGUUGCCGCGCCGCCGUGGAACGGAACGCACAAGAUAGAUGCACAAUAUACUGGGUUAUACAACCGGACUAUCUACGAUGUGUCACAGCUUGACGAGGUGGAGAUCAAGGCGGGAGAGAUCACGGUGAUCAAUGCGAUGGGGACAGGCAGUUGCAAGAGCGUGGCGUUCGGAGAAUGGGACGAAUGCCGUGGUUUUGGGCAGGGAUAA